AUAAAAUAAUAAAAUAACUUAAUUCUCUCUCAAUAAAAUGAGUCCAUCAUCUAGGGUAUUUUGGUUCUACACAGGGUCAGGGCCUAAGUUUUCUCUCUGCUUGCAUUGGCAUCCUCAGUGCAUGCAUGGCUCCUACUAUAUGGCCCAAGAUAGCUGCUGAAAAUCCAGCCAUCACAUCUUCCUUCCAGCUAGCAGGAAGGAGAAGGGAGAGAAGAAAGUCUCUCUGUCCUUCCUUUAAGAGAAUUUCCUGGAAUUCAAACACUACACUUCUGCUAUAUUGGCCAGAGCUGAAUUCCAAGGCCACAACUAAUGCAAGGGAGACUGAGGAAUGUAAUCUUUAUUCUAGGUAGCCAUGUGCCCAGAUAAAAACCAGGGAUUCUGUUACUGAGGAAGGAGAAGAAAACGAAUAUUGGGGACAAUUAGCUAUCUUUGCCACAUCUUCCUCCUAGAUAGAUAAGAAGAGGGCUUAUAACAUGUGGGCAUCUGUAUUUAUGUUUCCAAUAUUAUUAUCCAGGACUGGAUUAGAAGCAUAGACUGAUAAUGUAAAGGUUAGAAAUCAGCCAGUCCACACCCUCAUUUUAAAGGUUAGAAAACUGAGAUCCAGAGAGAUUAAACAGAUCAUCUGAGAUCACACAGCGAGUUGGUGGAAUCUAAUUCCCAGCUCAUGUUCAGUGGGAGUAUUUUUGUUCUGCUCUGUUUCUUAAGAAAAAAGCUUCAUUCUGGAGGGGAGGGAGUUUUGAGUGCCAAGGAUGAAAUUCCACCCAUCACUCGGUCUCUGAGCUGCAGGACACAGGCAGGACAACGGUAGGAUUUUCAUGCCCCAAUCUGCCCGGCCUUGAGUUGUGGCAGCUGGGGAAGCCACUGGUGAGGACGCCGCACUGGAGUGUGGGCUGGCUGGAGUGUGCCCAUUCUGGCACUGCCUGUCCCGUGUCUGUGCGUGUGCAUGUGGCUCUGUCUGUCUCCAUGUCGGCCCUGUAUACUGACUCCAGCCUGCCAAGGCUGCAUGUCUGACUCUGUGUGUGCUUCUCUUUCAGGGAGCACGCUGCCAGGAUGGGAGCUGCUGGGAGGCAGGACUUCUCCUUCAAGGCCAUGCUGACCGUCAGCUGGCUCACUCUGACCUACUUCCCUGGGGCCACAUCCACAGUGGCUGCUGGGUGCCCUGACCAGAGCCCUGAGUUGCAACCCUGGAACCCUGGCCAUGACCAAGACCGCCACGUGCAUAUUGGCCAGGGCAAGACACUGCUGCUCACCUCUUCUGCCACAGUCUAUUCCAUCCACAUCUCAGAGGGAGGCAAGCUAGUCAUUAAAGACCAUGAUGAGCCGAUUGUUUUGCGAACCCGGCACAUCCUGAUUGACAACGGAGGAGAGCUGCAUGCUGGGAGUGCCCUCUGCCCUUUCCAGGGCAAUUUCACCAUCAUUUUGUAUGGAAGGGCUGAUGAAGGUAUUCAGCCGGAUCCUUACUAUGGUCUGAAGUACAUUGGGGUUGGUAGAGGAGGCACUCUUGAGUUACAUGGACAGAAAAAGCUCUCCUGGACAUUUCUGAACAAGACCCUUCACCCAGGUGGCAUGGCAGAAGGAGGCUAUUUUUUUGAAAGGAGCUGGGGCCACCGUGGAGUUAUUGUUCAUGUCAUCGACCCCAAAUCAGGCACAGUCAUCCAUUCUGAUCGGUUUGACACCUAUAGAUCCAAGAAAGAGAGUGAACGUCUGGUCCAGUAUUUGAACGCGGUGCCCGAUGGCAGGAUCCUUUCUGUUGCAGUGAAUGAUGAAGGUUCUCGAAAUCUGGAUGACAUGGCCAGGAAGGCAAUGACCAAAUUGGGAAGCAAACACUUCCUGCACCUUGGAUUUAGACACCCUUGGAGUUUUCUAACUGUGAAAGGAAAUCCAUCUUCUUCAGUGGAAGACCAUAUUGAAUAUCAUGGACAUCGAGGCUCUGCUGCUGCCCGGGUAUUCAAAUUGUUCCAGACUGAGCAUGGCGAAUAUUUCAAUGUUUCUUUGUCCAGCGAGUGGGUUCAAGAUGUGGAGUGGACGGAGUGGUUCGAUCAUGAUAAAGUAUCUCAGACUAAAGGUGGGGAGAAAAUUUCAGACCUCUGGAAAGCUCACCCAGGAAAAAUCUGCAAUCGUCCCAUUGAUAUACAGGCCACUACAAUGGAUGGAGUUAACCUCAGCACCGAGGUUGUCUACAAAAAAGGCCAGGAUUAUAGGUUUGCUUGCUACGACCGGGGCAGAGCCUGCCGGAGCUACCGUGUGCGGUUCCUCUGUGGGAAGCCUGUGAGGCCCAAACUCACAGUCACCAUUGACACCAAUGUGAACAGCACCAUUCUGAACUUGGAGGAUAAUGUACAGUCAUGGAAACCUGGAGAUACCCUGGUCAUUGCCAGUACUGAUUACUCCAUGUACCAGGCAGAAGAGUUCCAGGUGCUUCCCUGCAGAUCCUGCGCCCCCAACCAGGUCAAAGUGGCAGGGAAACCAAUGUACCUGCACAUCGGGGAGGAGAUAGACGGCGUGGACAUGCGGGCAGAGGUUGGGCUUCUGAGCCGGAAUAUCAUAGUGAUGGGGGAGAUGGAGGACAAAUGCUACCCCUACAGAAACCACAUCUGCAAUUUCUUUGACUUCGAUACCUUUGGGGGCCACAUCAAGUUUGCUCUGGGAUUUAAGGCAGCACAUCUGGAGGGCAUGGAGCUGACGCAUAUGGGACAGCAGCUGAUGGGUCAGUACCCGAUUCACUUCCAUCUGGCCGGUGAUGUAGACGAAAGGGGAGGCUAUGACCCACCCACAUACAUCAGGGACCUCUCCAUCCAUCAUACAUUCUCUCGCUGCGUCACAGUCCAUGGCUCCAAUGGCUUGUUGAUCAAGGACGUUGUGGGCUAUAACUCUUUGGGCCAUUGCUUCUUCACGGAAGAUGGGCCAGAGGAACGCAACACUUUUGACCACUGUCUUGGCCUCCUUGUCAAGUCUGGAACCCUCCUCCCCUCGGACCGUGACAGCAAGAUGUGCAAGAUGAUCACAGAGGACUCCUAUCCGGGGUACAUCCCCAAGCCCAGGCAAGACUGCAAUGCUGUGUCCACCUUCUGGAUGGCCAAUCCCAACAACAACCUCAUCAACUGUGCCGCUGCAGGAUCUGAGGCUGGCAUGAUCAUAGACAACGGAGUCAAAACCACCGAGGCCUCUGCCAAGGACAAGCGGCCCUUCCUCUCGAUCAUCUCUGCCAGAUACAGCCCUCACCAGGACGCCGACCCGCUGAAGCCCCGGGAGCCGGCCAUCAUCAGACACUUCAUUGCCUACAAGAACCAGGACCACGGGGCCUGGCUGCGCGGCGGGGACGUGUGGCUGGACAGCUGCCGGUUUGCUGACAAUGGCAUUGGCCUGACCCUGGCCAGUGGUGGAACCUUCCCGUAUGAUGACGGCUCCAAGCAAGAGAUAAAGAACAGCUUGUUUGUUGGCGAGAGCGGCAACGUGGGGACGGAAAUGAUGGACAAUAGGAUCUGGGGCCCUGGCGGCUUGGACCAUAGUGGAAGGACCCUCCCUAUAGGCCAGAAUUUUCCAAUUAGAGGAAUUCAGUUUUAUGAUGGCCCCAUCAACAUCCAAAACUGCACUUUCCGAAAGUUUGUGGCCCUGGAGGGCCGGCACACCAGCGCCCUGGCCUUCCGCCUGAAUAAUGCCUGGCAGAGCUGCCCCCAUAACAACGUGACCGGCAUUGCCUUUGAGGACGUUCCGAUUACUUCCAGAGUGUUCUUCGGAGAGCCUGGGCCCUGGUUCAACCAGCUGGACAUGGAUGGGGAUAAGACAUCUGUGUUCCAUGACGUCGACGGCUCCGUGUCCGAGUACCCUGGCUCCUACCUCACAAAGAAUGACAACUGGCUGGUCCGGCACCCAGACUGCAUCAAUGUUCCCGACUGGAGAGGGGCCAUUUGCAGUGGGCGCUAUGCACAGAUGUACAUUCAAGCCUACAAGACCAGUAACCUGCGAAUGAAGAUCAUCAAGAAUGACUUCCCCAGCCACCCUCUCUACCUGGAGGGGGCGCUCACCAGAAGCACCCAUUACCAGCAAUACCAGCCUGUUGUCACCCUGCAGAAGGGCUACACCAUCCACUGGGACCAGACGGCCCCCGCCGAACUCGCCAUCUGGCUCAUCAACUUCAACAAGGGCGACUGGAUCCGAGUGGGGCUCUGCUACCCGCGAGGCACCACAUUCUCCAUCCUCUCGGAUGUUCACAAUCGCCUGCUGAAGCAAACGUCCAAGACGGGCGUCUUCGUGAGGACCCUGCAGAUGGACAAAGUGGAGCAGAGCUAUCCUGGCAGGAGCCACUACUACUGGGACGAGGACUCAGGGCUGUUGUUCCUGAAACUGAAAGCUCAGAACGAGAGGGAGAAGUUUGCUUUCUGCUCCAUGAAAGGCUGUGAGAGGAUAAAGAUUAAAGCUCUGAUCCCAAAGAACGCAGGCGUCAGUGACUGCACAGCCACAGCCUACCCCAAGUUCACCGAGAGGGCUGUCGUGGACGUGCCGAUGCCCAAGAAGCUCUUUGGUUCUCAGCUGAAAACAAAGGACCAUUUCUUGGAGGUGAAGAUGGAGAGUUCCAAGGAGCACUUCUUCCACCUCUGGAACGACUUUGCUUACAUUGAAGUGGAUGGGAAGAAGUAUCCCAGUUUGGAGGAUGGCAUCCAGGUGGUGGUGAUUGACGGGAACCAAGGGCGCGUGGUGAGCCACACGAGCUUCAGGAACUCCAUUCUGCAAGGCAUACCAUGGCAGCUUUUCAACUAUGUGGCGACCAUCCCUGACAAUUCCAUAGUGCUUAUGGCAUCAAAGGGAAGAUACGUCUCCAGAGGCCCAUGGACCAGAGUGCUGGAAAAGCUUGGGGCAGACAGGGGUAUCAAGUUGAAAGAGCAAAUGGCAUUCGUUGGCUUCAAAGGCAGCUUCCGGCCCAUCUGGGUGACACUGGACACUGAGGAUCACAAAGCCAAAAUCUUCCAAGUUGUGCCCAUCCCUGUGGUGAAGAAGAAGAAGUUGUGAGGACAGCUAACGCCUGGUGCCACCUCGUGGUAGACUAUGACGGUGACUCUUGGCAGCAGACCAGUGGGGGAUGGCUGGGUCCCCCAGCCCCUGCCAGCAGCUGCCUGGGAAGGCCGUGUUUCAGCCCUGAUGGGCCAAGGGAAGGAUAUCAGAGACCCUGGUGCUGCCACCUGCCCCUACUCAAGUGUUUACCUGGAGCCCCUGGGGUGGUGCUGGCCAAUGCUGGAAACAUUCACUUUCCUGCAGCCUCUUGGGUGCUUCUCUCCUAUCUGUGCCUCUUCAGUGGGGGUUUGGGGACCAUAUCAGGAGACCUGGGUUGUGCUGACAGCAAAGAUCUACUUUGGCAGGAGCCCUGACCCAGCUAGGAGGUAGCCUGGAGGGCUGGUCAUUCACAGAUCCCCAUGGUCUUCAGAAGACAAGUGAGGGUGGUAAAUGUAGGAAAAAGAGCCUUGGCCUUAAGGAAAUCUUUACUCCUGUAAGCAAGAGCCAACCUCAUAGGAUUAGGAGCUGGGGUAGAACUGGCUAUCCUUGGGGAAGAGGCAAGCCCUACCUCUGGCCGUGUCCACCUUUCAGGAGACUUUGAGUGGCAGGUUUGGACUUGGACUAGACGACUCUCAAAGGCCCUUUUAGUUCUGAGAUUCCAGAAAUCUGCAUUUCACAUGGUACCUGGAACCCAACAGUUCAUGGAUAUCCACUGAUAUCCAUGAUGCUGGGGGCCCCAGGGCACACGGGAUGGAAAGGUGAGAACUAAUGCCUAGCUCGAGGGGCCUGCAGUCCAGUAGGGCAGGCAGUCAGGUUCAUGUGCAUUGCAAUGCCAGGUGGAGAAAUCACAGGGAGGUAAAAUGGAGACCAGUGCCAUUUCAGAGGGGAGGGUCAGGAAGGCUUCUUGUUUACAGGAAUGAAGGCUGGGAGCAUUUUGCUGGGGGGAGAUAAGGCAGCCUCUGGAAUGGCUCAGGGAUUCAGCCCUCCCUGCCGCUGCCUGCUGAAGCUGGUGACUACGGGGUCGCCCUUUGCCCACGCCUCUCUGGCCCACUCAUGAUGGAGAAGUGUGGUCAGAGGGGAGCAAUGGGCUUCGCUGCUUAUGAGCACAGAGGAAUUCGGUCCCCAGGCAGCCCUGCCUCUGACUCCAAGAGGGUGGAGUGAAGUCCACAGAAGUGAGCUCCUGCCUUGGGGCCUCAUUUGCUCUUCAUCCAGGGAACUGAGCACAGGGGCCUCCAGGAGACCCUAGAUGUGCUCAUACUCCCUCGGCCUGGGAUUUCAGAGCUGGAAAUAACAGAAAAUAUAUAGUCCAAAGCCUUCAUUUUAACAGAUGGGGAAGUAAGCCCCCGAGAUGGGAAAGAACCACACAGCCAGGGGAGGGCCUGGGGAGCCCCACCCUAGCCCUUGCUGCCACACCACAUUGCCUCAACAACCGGCCCCAGAGUACCCAGGCACUUCUGAGGUAGCUUCUGGAAAUUGGGACAAGUCCCCUUGAAGGAAAGGAAUUGACUAGAGUAGAAUGACAGCUAGCCGCUCUCUUCCCUCCUGCUCCCAGCGCACACAAACCCGCCCUCCCCUUGGUGUUGGCGGUCCCUGUGGCCUUCAUUUUGUUCACUACCUGUCAGGCCAGCCUGGGUGCACAGUAGCUGCCAACUCCCCAUUGGUGCUACCUGGCUCUCCUGUCUCUGCAGCUCUAUAGAUGAGGCCCAGCAGAGGGAGGAGGGCCCGCCAUGUUUCUGGUGAGCCAAUUUGGCUGAUCUUGGGUGUCUGAACAGCUAUUGGGUCCACCCCAGUCCCUUUCAGCUGCUGCUUAAGGCCCUGCUCUCUCCCUGGCCUACCUUAGAGAGAGCCCGAAGAGCUCCUGUAAGAGGGAGAACUCUAUCUGUGGUUUAUAAUCUCGCACAAGGCACCAGGGUCUCCAUGGGUCUUGUGAUGAACUACGUUUAUCCCCUUUCCUGCCCCAACCACAAACUCUUUCCUUCAAAGAGGGCCUGCCUGGCUCCCUCCACCCAACUGCACCCAUGAGACUCGUCCAAGAGUCCAUUCCCCAGGUGGGAGCCAACUGCCAGGGAGGUCUUUCCCACCAAACAUCUUUCAGCUGCUGGGAGGUGACCACAGGGCUCUGCUUUUAAAGAUAUGGCUGCUUCAAAGGCCAGAGUCACAGGAAGGACUUCUUCCAGGGAGAUUAGCAGUGAUGGAGAGGAGAGUUAAAAUGACCUCAUGUCCUUCUUGUCCACGGUUUUGUUGAGUUUUCACUCUUUUAAUGCAAGGGUCUCACACUGUGAACCACUUAGGAUGUGAUCACUUUCUGGUGGCCAGGAAUGUUGAAUGUCUUUGGCUCAGUUCAUUUAAAAAAUAUAUCUAUUAUUUGAAAGUUCUCAGAGUUGUACAUAUGUUUCACAGUACAGGAUCUGUACAUAAAACUUUCUUUCCUAAACCAUUCACCAAGAGCCAAUAUCUAGGCAUUUUCUUGGUAGCACAAAUUUUCUUGUUGCUUAGAAAAUUGUCCUCCUUGUUAUUUCUGUUUGUAAGACUUAAGUGAGUUAGGUCUUUAAGGAAAGCAACGCUCCUCUGAAAUGCUUGUCUUUCUUCUGUUGCCGAAAUAGCUGGUCCUUUUUCGGGAGUUAGAUGUAUAGAGUGUUUGUAUGUAAACAUUUCUUGUAGGCAUCACCAUGAACAAAGAUAUAUUUUCUAUUUAUUUAUUAUAUGUGCACUUCAAGAAGUCACUGUCAGAGAAAUAAAGAAUUGUCUUAAAUGUCAUGAUUGGAGAUGUCCUUUGCAUUGCUUGGAAGGGGUGUACCUAGAGCCAAGGAAAUUGGCUCUGGUCUGGAAAAUUUUGCUGUAUUAUAGUAAACAUACAAAGGAUGUCA